AGCAGACAAAGGGAGUGAGAAAUAGAGGAUAAGAUAAAGAGAAACAGAGAAGGAGGGAGAAAGACAAACAGAGGCAGAGAGAGAAAGAGAGAAAAAAUAGUGAAUCGGACAGAGGGAGAGAGGGGUGAAGCGCUGCCUGGGUCAUCACCCGAACAGAGAUUUGUCCUGAGUGUGAAGUUUGGCUGCCCCCGGAUCGCAGAUGAACCACGGCAGAGGUUCCUUGGCCCGCACCACCAGCUCUAGCAGCAUGGUGCUGAGCAACUUCCCGAGGAGAGCUAGCAGCGCGCUGAGCCUCCAGGGCGAUGUGGGCAGGGGUUUGAGGGUGGCCGCUUACAGCCCAGCCAGUAUGUCUAACCUAAACAGGAUAGGAACACCAAGCGGCUUCAACCAGCAGGAUGAGCUCCAGGGGCUCAAUAAGAGACUGGCCAAUUACCUGAACAAGGUGAAGACCUUGGAAAGUGCGAAUAAGGAGCUGGAGGGUAAGAUCCAGAACUAUCUGGCUAAGAGAGGCACCUUGGCUCGGGAUUGGAGCUCCUAUGAGAAGCCAGUGUUAGAUAUUUGCAAACAGGUCCAGGAAACAAACUUGGAUAAUGCUGGCUUGACCCUGCAACUGGAUAACUGUGAGCUGGCUUCUGACGAUUUCAAAGUGAAGUGGCAGUCAGAGUCAGAGUUGAAGCAGUCGGUGGAGCAGGACCUCAAUGGGCUGCGGAAGAUCCUUGAUGACACCAACGUGGGCCGAAUGCAGCUGGAGUCCCAGAUUGAGGCCAUGAAUGAAGAGCUGAUUUACCUCCGCAAGAACCACCAGGAGGAUGUGAAUGAGCUCAAAAUGCAGAUUGCAAAUUCCAGUGUCUCUGUUGAGGUUGAACAUUCUGAUGAUGAGGAUCUUGUGAAAGUUAUGAACCAAAUACGUGAGGAAUAUCAGGCCCUGGCUGAUCAGAACAGAAAGGAUGCGGAGGAGUGUUACAGAAAGAAGUUUGAUGCUGCCUCUUUUGAAGCUUCAAAGAAUAAUGAGGUCCUUCAGGCAAUGAAGAACGACCUCACCAGCCUCCGGCGUCAGAUCAAAAACCUGGAAGUUGAGCAUCGCUCGCUGGUGGCCAUGAUUAAUUCACUGGAGGACACUCUGGACGACACUGAAGAUCGGACAGCUGCAGAACUACAAGUCCUGAACCAGAACAUUCAAAACUUGGAGCAGCAGCUCGCUGAUCUCCACAAGAAACUGAAAGCUCAGAAUGUGCAAUACCAGAUUCUCCUCAACACCAAGAUGAGGCUGCAAGCUGAGAUCAACACCUAUCGUGGACUGCUGGACAGUGAAGGAUUCGGUCAAUCGGAUCACCCAAGAGGUCCUCUGGCUUCAAACCUUGGAGACAAGAAAACUGCUAAGAAAGUCAUCAUCAUCUCCCAGAAGGUCAUUGAUGGGAAGGUGGUGUCAGAGAAACAGGAAUCCGAAGAAAUUCUGGAGUAAAAAUCUUCCUCGUGUGGAGAAAGUUUCAGGAAAACAUUUUAAUCUAUUUGCAGCUUCGGGGAAAAGGGAAUGUUAGGAGACCUGGGUGAUCUUACCCUGCGUGUCCUGUUCUGUCUGUUGGGCAGCUGGAUGGUAGGGGGAAGCAUUGGUUGGCUGCACUCACCUGUUAAAUGCUGGGUCUGUGUUAAAAGGGGAACAUCUUCAGACAAUGACCCAACAUUCAGUUUUAUAAUGGUAAAUGAAUGUGUCUGUGGGGCAGGUUCUCAGACAGUGUUGUUGGGUCAGUUGUUUGAUGAAUAGAUAGUUGGUUUGGGUUAACGUUUUGUGCUGAAGUCAGUGCCCUUAAACUGCAUGUAUGGCUGAAUAAAUAUUGUCAAGUUGUCGGACUUUUCCUGCUUAGUCGCUGUUUACUCGUGUAUAUUCACUGUGUACGCCUGUAUAUUCACUGUGUACUCCUAUAUAUUGUGUGCUCCUAUAUAUUAACUGCAUACUCCUAUGUAUUCACUGUGUACUCCUGUAUAUUCACUGUGUACUCCUAUGCAUUCACUGUGGUCCUAUACAUUCAUUGUAUUGCCAUAUACACUCUAUAUUCUUGUCUGUUCUGUAUACUUUUUGUACACUCCCAUGGUCAUCUGUGGAAGUUUAAAUGAUUAUUUCUGGAUAAAGCGAUGAUCCCCUCUGUAUAAAAAUGUAGGGAGGGUAAUGUUGGGAUCUGACAAUUUGAUUGUAUCUGUUUCAUUUUUCUGGUCUGAUGUAAUAAAAGGUUGAGUUCAUGA